AACAUUUUUCGUGGUUAAUGUUGAUUAUAAAGCUCACCAUUCGUUUUUUAAUGCGAGUAAGUGAUUUGGGAAAUUAUGCGAACUAAUUUUACAAGCACGUUUCAUCUUAUAGUAAGUCUUCAAGUCUAUUUAGCUACAAAAUAAAAGUCCCCGGAAGUCCAUUCUUCGUUUGUAAACACAUGGCUUGUAGUCGUGCCUGAUACUCAAAUAUGCCAAAACACUUUGAUGUCAAGUUUCCAGGAGAAUGUAAGACUCUUCCCGAAGGCUUUUGGUCAGCCGUAGACGUGUGGAUAAAGAAACCCCACGUUGUAAACAAGCGUCUUUGCGGGGUGAAGGAGACGAAGAGUGAAGAUGUGGGCAGAGAGGCUCUGAGGUUCCUGCUGGAUGAUCCUGAGCUCUCUCACGAUGUGUUGUCCUUCCUGACCAGCGGCCUGUCACCUGCUCAGACACACGACCAGGAGAAACCCUGGUCCUCCAGCAUCAGAACUAUUAUCCCUAAAGUCAGCUGUUAUGGGACAAACCUGCAUAAAGAGCUUGUCCUCAAAGACUUUGGCAGACAACAAGUGACCUUUCUUCCAUUUGAAGAGGAUUCAGAAGGGCAGGUUUAUCUAAAGAGGGGCAACAUUUAUCAGAUCCGGCUCCUCCAUCAGGACUGUGAGGAAUGGGCCUUGGAGCUGCAUGUUUUGGCUCCAGAUGCGUGGCUCUCUGAUGGCGUGGCGUACCCGAAGCUGCCCUGGCUGUCCACUGAUCUGCUGCCGAAACUGGUGCGCUGGGCCACCGAGUGCAGGAGCAGCGAGUUCAGGAGCACCUUGUCUCUGCUGCCGGUGGAGAAGUACAGCCUCAUGUACCAGCAGCUGAAGGAGAAGUACAAGGCCAUGGUCAAGGUUUGGCCUGAGGUCACAGAUCCUGAGAAAUUUGUCUAUGAGGAUGUCGCCAUUGCUACAUAUCUCCUUGUGCUGUGGGCUGAGGAGCGAGCAGAGAAGAGUCUGGCUGACCGGCAGUCCUUUGUGGACCUGGGCUGUGGAAACGGCCUCCUGGUUCACAUACUGACCAGUGAAGGGCAUCCUGGAAAGGGCAUCGAUGUUCGGAAGAGGAAGAUCUGGGACAUGUACGGCCCCCAGACUCUGCUAGAGGAAAAGGCAAUUACUCCCAGCGAGAGCUUCUUAUUCCCGGGUACGGACUGGCUGAUUGGGAACCACUCAGACGAGCUCACACCGUGGAUCCCCGUUAUAGCUGCCAGGUCUUCUCACUCCUGCCGGUACUUCGUCCUGCCCUGCUGUUUCUUCGACUUCUAUGGAAAAUACCAGAGACGUCAGUGCAAGAAGUCUCAGUAUAAGGAAUACAUCGACUUCAUUGCUGAGGUCAGCCAAGUCAGCGGCUUCAACACGGAGGAGGACUGCCUGAGAAUACCAUCCACCAAACGGGUGUGUCUGGUGGGACAGUCAAGAAACUACCCGCUACCUGACGAGGCCGAGGCCGAGAAGCGAAGAGCUCAUUACAUCGAGAGCCGCCAGACUCCCUCUGUGGUCACAGUUCAAAGGUCAGGCAUCAGAAAUGAUGAAGGCUGUUGCCAUGAGAACAAAGACACCAACAGGACCCCCGGGAGCAGCUGGGGAGUCGGGUUCCAGCCCAGAGACAGGGUUGAAACGGUUCGAAACUGCGCCGCUCUCCCACGGGACUUCGUUGACAGUAUUGUCCUGCAAGUCGCUAAUGCUCUUCUGGGAAUGACUGAGGAUACUGACGAGGGGUCCUCCAGCAACUGGAACAGAGGAGGCAGCCUCCCUGUGAGCGAGGUCGCCGGGCUGUUGGAGCAGGAAACACUGCAGCUCCUGAAGAAGGAGUGUGGAGGUCUUCAGACGCUGCUCAAGAACAACCACCAAGUCUUCAGAGUGGAAGGAGGGACGGUGUACAUAAGAGACUGGCGGGACAGGAAGUCCUCCAGGGCGGAUACCAAGAAGAAGCCCGUUGCCCCCGGUGCCCUGAAAACUCGUCCCUGCUGGUUUCACGACCACCACCCUCAGCGCUGCCCCCUGCAGUCUGAACACUGUGCCUUCGCCCAUGGACCUGAUGACCUUCGACCCUCGACUAGGCCUCUGAGGAAGAUAAAAAAUGCUGCCUUUUGAUUGGCUCAUUCCUCGUAAACAUUAAAAUUGAUUUAUUUAGUUGAUUUUUAAGUUGGACGCUUUUCUAAUUAACAGAAUUCACUCAAUGCUGAAACCUGCUGCGAAAAGUCCCCACAUUCAGCCAUGCACCCACAGAGAGGAAGAAGUUCAGGUCCAAGCAGUGUGAGUUUUAUUGAUGCGACGUUACAUCAUUUCUGGGAAUUGAGCUCCUGAAAUUUCACAGUAUCCUCUUUCAUCUGCGUGAUGCUUCCCGGUGCAGCUUCAGGUUUCACUUUUGGUGCUUGCUGACACUUGUGGGUCACUUUGUCUGCUGAAAUUUAAUUUCACAUGAUUAUUUCAUGUUUCUUUUUAUUUAUUUAAGAAGUGGACUUUUGUAAAACUCCAAAAAAUUUUAUACUUACUG